AUGGAGGUAUUGUCGCCUGCUGCCCCUACCAAUGGGACUUCCGAUCAAGCGAUCCUGGAGCCUGUUGAUCCCAUCAUCGUCCUUGAACAUAUCGCCAACCUAAUAGAAACGACUCUCGGUGCUGCGAGACGAGAACUGGAAGCCGUUGGCAGUCUGCUGUCGAAAUCCAGCCAUGCCGAAUCGCUGCACCAGUGUGCCCGCUUUGCGAGUGAAUCUCAAAUCACUACCUUGUUUGCACGGAAGGAUAUCAGGGAGGAGAUGGUGAAUGGCCAUGAUGAUACGCCAAGUGAGUGCAACAAUGUUGGCUCCGUGCACUCCCCUAAUCUGCUGGCAGAGAUCGAUCAUGUCUUUACCCUGUCAUCCGAGUUUUCCCCCACCGAUACAACCGUCGCUUCCCUUGCCUUCCUCAAACUCUCCGGGCCUCUUGAUGCACGAAAAAAGAUCGCGACGCAGAUACAAGUGUCGAACCUCCCGGGAUCGUACGCCGUCAACAAUGACGAACAACGACAGAUUGACAAAACUUCUCCCUAUGAUGUUGUCUAUUCACUCCUGCACAACGUCCUCAGUCCCUACUUCGAAGCCUACACUCGAACUCAAGAUUCGAGCAACCGAAACUGGUACGAUGCUCAGGCGAAGAGCGGCGUCCCCGGAGCCAGGAGGAGAAUCGCGGAACUAGAAAUGAGCCUUCUACACUUGGCGCAGAACACGGACAUUCCCCUGGUUCGUCUCAGCAUGCACGAAGUGGUGAACCUCGCUACUCAAGAGGCGGCUUUACACGGAAAGACGCCGUCCUUGCAGGACAUCCCACCUCAUAUUCUCGACGACCCGACGGUUCAGAACAGCCUUCAAGCUCAUGUUAACGGGUGGAUUAAGUCAAUUCAAGAGGUCACCAAACGAACAAAAGACCCCGCUUCCAAUUCUGCUCGUCAAGAAAUCAACCUAUGGCUUUCACUAGAGUCAGCUCUGAACAGAUUGGCGUCUGAGAUAAACUCCGAAGGCGUGAAGUUGACAUUCGAUAUCCUCAAGAAGGCGAAACGACAACAGGUCCUUAUAAGCUUCGAAACGGAUACGGGUCUCAAAGAUGCAGUUGAAACAGUGCGCAAUUAUAACAAUCUAAUGAGAGACUUCCCACUCGACGAGCUGUCUUCUGCUGUAUCUCUCUCCAAGGUUGCAGACGCUCUGUCACAGAUCUUUACACACUUGAACAGAAAAUGGAGGGUGUGCAAUUACCCCAUCAGACGAGCACUGAAACUGGUAGAGGGCAUUUCUGAAGAUAUGGACAGCCAGAUUCACCAUCUUCUGCAAGGGCGGUCAAUAAUGUCACUUCCCUGGCUUGAGUUUGAGGAACUCAUGAGAUCGGUCAACACCGUUUGGGACACAUGGGACGAACAAAUCAAGAGUUUCACCGCUGUCGCUCGAGAGAUCACGAAGCGGAAGAACACUGAAUUUGUGCCAGUGAAAGUCAAUCCCAGACAUUCUUCAACACAGGAUCGCUUGCGCUACAUCCAGAAAUUCCGGAAUGAACAUGAACAACUCCAGAAAACCAUCCUAAAUGUGCUCGGCUCAAAAUCCGGUGCAAACGGUCUUUCACGUACGGAGGAAAGUGGGGCAGCGAUCAUUGAAGAGCUGGGAGGCGCUGAUGCAGUUGAGGAAGUUGCUAACGCGUAUAACAUCGUCCGCCAUGUCGAUGUACUAGAUGUUACUGAGAAAGGCACUGCAGUAUGGGCACAAGCCGAAGCUGAAUACACGGAGAGGACGUCUCGAGUGGAAGAUUCAAUCAUUGCGCGCCUGCGAGAUCGUCUAGGAAAGGCCAAGACAGCAAACGAGAUGUUCCGCGUCUUUGAGAAAUUCAAUGCGCUCCUAGUCAGGCAGAAAGUUCGCGGUGCCAUCGCUGCUUAUCAAACUCAACUCCUGGAAAAUGUCAAGAGUGCCAUUGCAGCCUUGCAUGAACGCUUCAAGCAACAGUAUGGAGGGUCAGAAGCUCAAAUGAUGGCUCAACUUCGAGACAUCCCCCCGGUUGCUGGUGCUAUUCUUUGGGUACGACAGAUCGAGGCGCAGCUCGACAAUUAUAUGUCUAAAGUUCAGGCCGUCCUAGGUGAGGACUGGACGCUGCACGCGGACGGCCAGAAAUUGCAAGCAGAAAGCAAUAUGUUUCGAAAGAAGCUCACUACACGAGACAUCUACGAAGCGUGGCUUUAUGACAUUCAGUCGCGCGAGAUUUCCGUCACUGGACGACUAUUCUCCAUCGCGAGGAGUCGAGGAACAAACAAUGCUAUGGAGCUUACAGUGCACUUUGAUAAUCAUGCGAUAUCGCUAUUCAAGGAGGUCAGAAACCUGACGUGGUUGAACUUUCAGAUACCACAUCGCAUUUCCACCACGGCUAAACAGGCCCAAAGAGUGUAUCCGUAUGCAUUAAGCCUCAUGGAGAGUGUCGCUGGAUAUUUCUCAGCGGUUAGAGCCAUUUCGGAGAUGCCCAACAUGGCGCCACUGUUGGCAGGCUACCAAAAGGAGGUCCAGCGGCUCUUUGAGAAAGGAAUCCCCUUAAAAUGGGAGUCUUUCAUUCAUUCCUACGAGUUGCACAUCAAGUCGAAAUCUACGACAUCGGAGUCCGCUCACGUUCAGUAUGUACGAGAUUUGGCAUUUGCAGUCACAACCUUACAGAACAAGACUGCAACAAUCUACGAGUUGGACCAAAGCAUUCAACUGGCUUUGUCUGAAGUUAAAACAUGUCCGUACUCUACAAAAGCUUUCCAGACACAAAUGGACCUCAUUCAGAUCGCUGUGGAUAAAAUGAAUCUGGAAAAUUACGCGAACCUUCCCGCAUGGGUUGCACAAUUGAACUCACAGCUGGAUGAGAUAUAUGUGUCUCGGUUGCAGCAUGCCCUGAAGCAUUGGACGAAUUCUUUCAUCUCCUCUAAUGGCCAGGAGGGUAUGGUGUCAUCAUUUGUACCUGGCGAGGAAGCCGUGAUCAAUGUCCAUUUUGCCGCUACACAAAUUGAGAUCAUGAUGAACAAUCAGACCGUUUUCGUGGAUCCUCCAUUGAAUUUCGUCAAAUCAACCUGGCUCAAGCAGCUCGAAGACUGGCUCGAUAUCCUAUGCCAUCUACCACAGAUCAGAGCCACGCGUUACCAACUAACAGCUACCGCCGGUAUGGUGGAGGCAUCCCCUUUGUUCACGAGCCUUCCUCUCCAGAAUGUGGAAGCCUUGCAGACCGCGUAUAGCGCUGUCAAUUCGAAGAUUGCCGAAAUGUCGGCGUAUCUGGAGGAGUGGUAUACAUACCAAAACCUGUGGGACCUGCGCAGUGAGCAACUGCAUGAGGAUCUCGGGAACGAUCUCGCUCAAUGGCACCAGUUACUACAGGAAGUCCGCCACGCCCGCACGACCUUUGACACCUCCGAAGGACGGAAAACGUUUGGUUGUGUGACCUUCGACUAUGAGCAAGUGCAGUCGAAGAUCACACAGAAGUAUGACCAGUGGCAACACGAAGUGACCAGCAAAUUCGGUGGCAUUCUCGGCAAUCGGAUGGCGGAAGUGUUCACUGAUAUGAAGCGAGCACGGUUAGAACUUGAGAACCAGUCGCUCGAGACACAUUCCACUGCCCAAGCUGUUGCAUUCAUUACCACCGUACAACAGUGCAGACGUAAUGCGGCUUUAUGGGGCCCCGAGGUUGAUAUCUUUCGACAAGGUCAAACCACCCUCUCGAGGCAACGUUACAAUUUUGGAAGCAACUGGCUUUCUGCGAAUCAAGUCAGCGACGAAUGGGACUCGUUUGAAGAUAUCCUCAAUCGAAAAAGCAAAAUUGUCGAAGACCAGACAGAAGCAUUGCGUGCGAAUAUCCUAGCAGAAGACAAAUUGAUCAGUGGCCGAGUCGCCGAUAUUGUUGCACAAUGGUCUGAGGAAAAGCCUGUCUCGGGGUCGAUAGCUCCUGCUGAAGCAGCUGAAUUGCUUCGAAACUUCCAGGGUCGCAUGGAGAAGCUCCAAGGCGAGGCCGAAACGGUGUCUAAAGCCAAGGAAGCGCUUGCGCUACCCUCGAAUCGAAACGACAGUUUAGCCACAGCUAUGGAAGAAGUCAGCGAUUUCAUGGCCGUAUGGACUGCCUUGUCAACUAUUUGGCAAAGUGUCGAUGAACUUCGAGACACACCUUGGGCAAGUCUACAACCUCGAAAACUUCGACAAUCACUGGACGGACUCGUGAAAAUGACAAAAGAGAUGCCCAGCAGAAUGCGACAGUAUGCAGCAUUUGAAUAUGUACAGAAUGCUCUUAAGCAAAUGAUCAAGACCAAUCCUCUUCUGAGCGAUCUCAAGUCGGACGCAAUCCGUGAACGUCAUUGGCUCAAGAUCUACAAGGCUUUGAAACCGAACAAACGAUACUCAGAGGUUUCAAUGACACUUGGAGAUGUCUGGGACCUGCAGCUUGCGACCAGCGAAUCCACAAUCCGAGACAUUAUUACACAAGCACGUGGUGAAUUGGCUCUUGAAGAGUUUGUGAGACAGGUGCGUGAUACUUGGCAGAACUAUCCACUCGAAUUGGUCAACUAUCAGAACAAAUGUCGCCUUAUUCGCGGCUGGGAUGACCUCUUCACAAAAUGCAGCGAGAAUCUCAAUUCCCUUCAAGCUAUGCGGCAUUCUCCUUACUACAAAGAGUUCGAGGACGAAGCAUCAUCAUGGGAAGACAAACUCAAUCGUGUACAUGUGUUGUUUGAUGUCUGGAUAGACGUUCAACGUCAGUGGGUUUAUCUCGAAGGCGUCUUCACAGGGAACAACGACAUCAAGCACCUGCUUCCGACUGAAUCUAGCCGGUUCUCGAAUAUCAACACUGAAUUCUCUGCUGUUAUGAAGAAGGUGUACAAGUCUCCAUUCGUGAUGGACGUGCUGGCAAUUCCUGGGGUGCAAAAGUCCCUCGAACGACUCGCAGAGCUCCUAAGCAAGAUUCAGAAAGCACUCGGUGAAUAUCUGGAGCGCGAGCGGGUCUCAUUUCCUCGAUUCUACUUUGUUGGAGAUGAGGACUUGCUUGAGAUCAUCGGCAAUAGUAACGAUAGCACUCGUGUUGCAAAACAUUUCAAAAAAAUGUUUGCUGGUAUCUCUGGAGCAGUUGUGAGCGAUGACAGCACAAUCACUGCCAUUACGUCGAAAGAAGGCGAAACUGUUGUUCUCAAGAAAGAAAUCUCCCUAAUCAAGCUUCCCAAGAUCAAUGACUGGCUCACUGCAUUGGACAACAGUAUGAAGCAGACCUUGGCCGAGCUGUUAGCAGAAGCUACUGUGGCGUUCAGGCCCUUGUUUACAUCUCCUGAAUUGAACAGUGUCCAGCUUCACGAGUAUAUGACGGCAUAUCCUGCCCAGAUCAUGAUUCUCGCUUCUCAGGUUGUCUGGACUGACCUUGUGCGAGAAUCGCUAGAAGAUGCUGGCAAUGGACUUUCGAAGCUCCACGAAUACGAGGCAAGAUUGUUGAGCCUACUGGCAGAGAGUGUGCUUCAGGAUCUUCCCGCUCUUACACGCAAGAAAUGCGAACACUUCAUUACCGAAGCUGUGCACCAACGUGAUGUCAUAACUAAGCUUAUAAAUGCGGAAGCUACCUCACCUGGGCACUACAUCUGGCUCUUGCAGAUGCGAUAUGCUUACGAUCCUAAUGCAGAACUCAUGUCCCGGUUACGUGUCGAGAUGGCUAAUGCUGUCCUAGAAUACGGCUAUGAGUAUCUUGGUGUACCGGAUCGGCUUGUGAGAACACCACUCACUGACCGCUGCUUCUUGACAUUGACCCAGGCCCUGUGUCAGAGACUUGGUGGCUCCCCUUAUGGCCCAGCUGGAACUGGUAAAACGGAGUCAGUCAAGGCUCUAGGCUUACAACUCGGUCGAUUCACCCUUGUUUUCUGCUGUGAUGACACCUUUGAUUUCCAGGCUAUGGGCCGCAUCUUUCUCGGAUUGUGUCAGGUUGGUGCUUGGGGCUGCUUCGACGAGUUCAAUCGGCUUGAGGAAAGAAUUUUAUCUGCAGUUUCUCAACAAAUUCAAAAUAUCCAGAUUGGACUCAAGAACAGCACCAACGAGCAAAAAGCACAAAUUGAGCUUGUCGGUCGUCGCUUCAAGGUUAACACAAAUACUGGGUUAUUCAUCACCAUGAAUCCUGGAUACGCUGGUCGUUCCAACCUGCCAGAUAACUUGAAGAAACUCUUUCGAAGCGUGGCAAUGUCAAAGCCGGACAAGGAACUCAUUGCUGAAGUUAUGUUGUUCUCUCAGGGAUUCAAGCAAGCGAAGCACAUUUCUUCUCAAGUCAUUCCCUUCUUCGACCACUGCGCCCUUCGUCUCUCGAAGCAGCCUCACUACGACUUUGGGUUGCGAGCUUUGAAAAGUGUUCUCGUUAGUUCUGGUGGACUCAAGAGACUUCGUAUGCAAAGUGGGGAAGUCCUUGAUGAUAAUGAACAAGUUCUGGAACCUGAGAUCAUUGUUCAAAGUAUCCGAGAGACGGUGUCACCGAAGCUCAUCAAGCGAGAUGUGGAAACAUUGGUCGAAGUUCAAGCCCAGGAUUUCCCUGGAGUCAAUUACGUCCCUGCACAUUUGACAGAGCUCACUGCAGCCAUCAAGCAAGUCAUGGAGGAGGAAGGUUUGACACAGAGCGAAGCCUGGAUGACCAAGAUUUUGCAGCUUUAUCAGAUCCAGAAUAUCCACCACGGUGUCAUGAUGGUUGGUCAGUCGGCUUCUGGCAAGUCAACUAUCUGGAGAGUCCUUCUCCAAGCUCUCCAACGAGUUGAGGGUAUAGAGGGCGUUCAUCACGUUAUCGAUCCGAAAGUCAUGUCAAAAGAAGCACUUUAUGGCAGCCUUGAUAGCACUACUAGAGAGUGGACUGAUGGUCUUUUCACUGGUAUUUUGAGAAAAGUGGUUGACAACCUCCGUGGUGAAGAAGGAAAGCGACACUGGAUUAUCUUUGAUGGCGACGUCGACCCAGAAUGGGUGGAAAAUCUGAACAGCGUGCUUGACGACAACAAACUUCUCACGCUCCCCAACGGUGAAAGAUUAAACCUCCCCCCUAAUGUUCGCAUUAUGUUCGAAGUUGAGACCUUGAAAUAUGCGACCCUUGCAACCGUUAGUCGAUGUGGAAUGGUCUGGUUCUCCGACGACACCGUGACACCUUCUCUAAUGGUCGACCACUAUUUGCAAGCAUUGGAAACUCGCAAUUUCGAAGACCUCGAAGAUGAGAUCAAAGCUUCGGGUCUUUCUUCUCGUUCGCAGGACACCCAACGGCAUGUGGUUGAAACACUAAGGGGUCUUAUAAACCGCGAUGACUUCCUGCUCCAAGCCUUAGAGGCGGCUAUCAAACACAAACACAUUAUGGAGUUCACAUCUGCCCGUGCUCUCGACAGCCUCUUUAGUCUGUUGGCUAAAGCAUGCCGAACCAUACUAGAGUAUAAUGUUUACCAUCCAGAAUUCCCACUUGACCCCGAACAGAUAGAUGCUUUCAUCUCUAAGAAGCUACUUCUGGCUACUGUUUGGAGCUUUGUUGGUGAUGGAAUGCUGACCAUCCGAAAACAAUUCGGCGACUUCAUCACUAGCAUGACAAAUAUUGACCUUCCAAGUCUUGAUGAAACUAUCUCUCUGAUCGACUAUGAUGUAGCGCUGCCUCACGCCCAAUGGGUGCCAUGGCUAUCCCAAGUACCGACCAUUGAUCUCAACACUCAUUCAAUCACGCAGACCGAUGUGAUUAUUCCAACGAUUGACACGGUUCGCCACGAAGAUGUCUUAUACUCCUGGCUUUCGGAACACAAACCACUGAUGCUUUGUGGUCCCCCAGGUUCUGGCAAGACAAUGACCUUGUUUAGUGCCCUUCGAAAGCUUCCAGACAUGGAAGUUGUUGGCCUCAAUUUCUCCAGUGCCACUCAACCGGAACUAAUCAUUAAGACCUUCGAACAGUAUUGCGAGUACAAGAAGACCCUAAAUGGCAUGGUGCUCUCGCCAACUCAACUGGGCAGGUGGUUGGUCAUAUUCUGCGACGAAAUAAACUUGCCUGCACCUGACAAAUAUGGAACCCAACGUGCAAUCAGCUUCCUGAGGCAACUUGUUGAACAGAACGGCUUUUGGCGCACUUCCGACAGAGCUUGGGUGAGUCUGGAACGAAUACAAUUCGUCGGAGCUUGCAACCCGCCUGAGGAUGUUGGUCGUCAUCCGAUGGGAGACAGAUUCUUGCGGCAUGCCCCUGUUGUGCUGGUCGAUUAUCCGGGAGAACUUUCGCUUACGCAGAUCUACGGCACCUUCAACAAUGCUGUACUCAAAGUCAUUCCUGCAUUGAGAGGAUUUGGUGAUGCGCUGACGCACGCCAUGGUCGACUUCUAUCUCAAAUCUCAAGCCCGCUUUACCCCAGAUAUUCAGCCACAUUAUGUUUAUUCCCCGAGAGAGCUGACGCGCUGGGUCAGAGGUAUCUAUGAAGCUAUCGCUCCACUUGAACAUCUUACUCUGGAAGGAUUGAUCCGCAUUUGGGCCCACGAGGCACUUCGACUGUUCCAGGAUAGGCUGGUUGAGGAUGACGAACGAGCAUGGACGGCCGAUAUGGUCAAACAAACGGCAUUGGAACACUUCCCGACUGCAGAUAUCGAUACUGCUUUACAAGGUCCUAUACUCUUCUCGAAUUGGCUCUCCAAGAACUAUGUUUCGGUAGAGCAGGAUCAACUACGUGAAUUCGUCAAAGCUCGACUGAGAACGUUCUGCGAAGAAGAGGUCGACGUUCCACUCGUGCUAUUCAAUGAUGUCCUAGAGCAUGCGCUCCGCAUUGACCGAGUUUUCAGACAGCCGCAGGGACAUCUCAUCCUUAUUGGAACCAGCGGUAGUGGAAAGACCACACUGUCAAGAUUUGUUGCAUGGAUGAAUGGGCUGAGCAUAUUCCAGAUCAAGGUUCACGGUCGUUACUCGGCUGAAGACUUCGAUGACGACCUGCGUGGUGUGUUGAGAGCCUGUGGUUGCCGUGGUCAAAAGAUCUGCUUUAUCAUGGACGAAUCAAAUGUUCUGGACUCGGGAUUCCUUGAGCGAAUGAACACACUGCUUGCCAACGGCGAGGUCCCAGGCCUCUUCGAAGGCGAUGAAUAUUCUGCACUCAUGACUGCGUGCAAGGAAGGGGCUCAACGUCAGGGCCUUUUGCUUGACUCUCAAGAAGAACUUUACAAAUGGUUCACCCAACAAAUCGUGCGAAAUCUGCAUGUGGUUUUCACUAUGAAUCCUCCUCAGGAUGGUCUUUCGUCAAAAGCUGCCACAAGUCCAGCAUUAUUCAAUCGAUGUGUUCUUAACUGGAUGGGCGAUUGGUCAGAUCAAGCGCUUUUCCAGGUGGGAUACGAACUUACCCAGCAAAUCGACCUGGACAAGCCCAACUUUACGGCGCCUGACAGCAUAACAAGAGCAUAUCAUGACCUUGCCUUACCUGCCUCUCACCGCGAUACUGUCGUCAAUGCAAUGGUCUAUAUCCACUAUGCUGUGCAGAAAACAAACGAACGCUUGGAACAACAUCAAGGUACAGUGACUUACCUCACCCCUCGACAUUACCUGGAUUUUGUCACGCAGUUUGGGAAACUCUUCAGUGAGAAACGUGGAGACCUGGAGGAUCAACAACGACAUCUCAAUGUCGGUCUUGAGAAACUACGGGAUACUGUGGACAAAGUCUCAGAUUUGAGGGCAAGUCUUGCUCAGAAGAAAAAGCAGCUCGAGCUGAAGGACGCCGAGGCGAACGAGAAACUUCAAAAGAUGGUUGCUGAUCAGCGUGAAGCCGAGACCAGGAAGACUGCUUCUUUAGAGGUACAAACAGCUCUGGAGAAGCAAGAAAAGGAAGUUGCGAGUCGCAAAGAGAUUGUGUUGAACGAUCUGGCUAAAGCUGAGCCAGCUGUUCUUGAAGCACAGCAAAGUGUUAGCAAUAUCAGAAGACAACAUCUGACGGAAGUCAGAUCUAUGGCCAACCCCCCAUCUGGUGUCAAACUUGCCCUCGAAUCAGUCUGCACGCUGCUCGGAAACAAAGUUGAUAGCUGGAAGAGCAUUCAAGCUAUUGUGCGCAAAGACGAUUUCAUCGCAAAUAUUGUCAACUAUGACAAUGAGGCCCAGAUGACAUCGAAUCUGCGACAGAAAAUGCGACAUGACUACCUCUCCAACGACGACUUCACAUUCGAAAAAGUCCAUCGUGCCAGCAAGGCUUGCGGUCCCCUUGUGCAGUGGGUUGAAGCACAGGUGAAUUAUUCUGAGAUAUUGGACAGAGUAGGUCCUCUAAGGGAAGAAGUUGAACAACUAGAAGAACAAGCCCUUCAGACAAAAGCAGAAGCGAAAGCAAUUGAAGAAACCAUCAUCAAGCUUGAGGGUAGCAUUGCGACCUACAAGACAGAAUAUGCCGCCCUUAUCAGUGAGACACAGGCUAUCAAGACUGAGAUGUCCCGAGUUCAAACAAAGGUCGAUCGAAGUGUACGCCUUCUAGAUAGUUUGUCGUCUGAACGAGUCAGAUGGGAGGCCGCCAGCAAGUCCUUUGAGACACAGAUUCAGACACUCGUCGGUGAUGUUGUUAUUGCCUCCGCAUUUCUUGCAUAUGCAGGUCUCUAUGAUCAACAAUUCAGAAAGAGCAUGGUGGAUGAUUGGAUGCAUCACAUGUCACAAUCUGGUAUCUUGUGCAAGGCUGAUGGUUCAGUCUUGGGCUAUCUCUCUUCCGCAGACGAGCGCUUGCAAUGGCAACGCCACUCCCUCCCCGCCGAUGAUCUGUGCAUGGAAAACGCCAUCAUGCUUAACCGCUUCAAUCGGUACCCAUUGAUCAUUGACCCCCCUGGCCGAGUCACUGAAUUUUUGAAGCAAGAGCAUCAAGGACGCAAAUUGACUGUCACAAGUUUCUUGGAUGACGCCUUCACGAAGCAACUUGAAAGCGCCCUUCGUUUUGGUAAUCCGAUUUUGAUUCAAGAUGCGGAAUACCUAGAUCCUAUCUUGACCCAUGUUUUGAACAAGGAGUAUCAAAAGACAGGUGGACGAGUCCUCAUACAAUUGGGCAAACAGGAGAUCGACUUCUCGCCCAGCUUCCAACUCUAUCUGUCGACUAGGGAUCCAUCAGCAGCGUUCGCUCCGGAUGUAUGCAGCAGGACAACUUUUAUCAACUUCACCGUCACCCGCAGCAGUCUUCAAACGCAGUCACUGAACGACGUUCUUAAGGCUGAACGACCAGAUGUUGAUAAGCGACGUACUAAUUUGGUCAAGAUGCAAGGAGAGUUCGAUACAAACCUGAGACAAUUAGAGAAACGACUUCUCCAGGCACUAAACGAAUCUAGAGGCAAUAUCCUCGACGACGACAAUGUUAUCCAGACUUUGGAGACCCUGAAGAAAGAAGCCGCUGUCAUCACAAAGAAGGUGGCUGAAACCGAAGGGGUAAUGGCAGAGGUUGAACGCAUCACCCAUAGUUACAGCCAAAUUGCCAAUGCGUGCAGUGCCAUUUUUGCAUUGCUAGAACAAUUGCACCAUCUCAACCAUGCCUAUCGAUUCUCAUUACAGUACUUCCUCGAUAUCUUCAACUUCGUUCUGCAUCACAAUCACCAUUUGACGAACAAGACGGACUACCAAGAACGUGGCGAAAUCAUUCUAAAAGAUAUUUUCGUGGAGACUUACAGACGCACAUCCCUGUCGCUAUUGCAGAAGGAUCGUAUUACGCUUGCCAUACUGCUCGUCCGAGCCAUGCCCUUUGACCUUGAUAGGACUGCACUUGAGUUGAUUCUUGACGAUCGGCCACAGUCUCGUGAUGGCAGUCCAUUCGAUACAAGUCAAGAAGAUGUGCUGGCUGCUGUGAGACGACAGUCUGUCUUCAGGAAGGAAUUGAUUGACCCCUUGAGCUCAUCUUGGAAGCAAUUUAUGUCUGCAGAGCGUGCCGAGCAUUGUGUGCCGGUCGUCUGGGACGUACAGGACAAUGCUGUCAACGAGAACCUGUACAAGUUGCUCCUGGUCAAGCUUGCCAGACCAGACAGAUUCCUCCCUGCUGCUGAGACUCUAGUUAUCAGUGUGCUAGGUCCAGAGAUUUUCCAAGGCAGCGAUGAUCUGGGAACCAUUGUCCACCAGGUCACAUCUACUGUUCCCAUCGCACUCUGCUCGAACCCCGGUUUCGACGCGAGUUACAAAGUGGAUGCUCUGGUUGAGAAGCAAAAAGCAACUUGUGCUAAUGUUGCAAUGGGCUCUGAAGAGAGCGUUGCCAGCGCUGACAAGGCAAUCACAAGCGCUGCAUCAAAUGGGUCCUGGGUACUGAUCAAGAAUGUCCAUCUUGCGCCUCAAUGGCUACAGAGUCUUGAGAAACGAAUGUCAGCGCUCAAAGCUCACAGCGAUUUCCGGUUGUUCUUGUCCAUGGAGUCGAGUCCCAAGAUCCCCGUCAAUUUGAUCAGAGCCUCCAGGUCUCUGGUCUAUGAACAGCCCGCAGGCAUUCGGGCCAAUAUGAAGGACACUCUGACCGUUCUUUCCGAUCGUGGCACUCGAACACCUGUUGAAAAGGGUAGAUUGUACCUUCUCCUCUGCUUCCUGCACGCGCUUCUGCAGGAACGAUUGAGAUAUGCACCGACCCUUGGUUGGAAAGGACUUUGGGAGUUCAACGACAGUGACUACGAAUGCUGUUCAUUCAUCAUUGACUCGUGGAUUGAUUCGAUCGCUCAAGGACGGUCAAAUGUUGCACCUGUGAAGUUGCCGUGGGAUUUGAUUCGAACAUUGAUUGCAGAGAUGUACGGAGGCAAGAUCGACAAUGAGGAAGACUUUUCACUGCUCAAGGAUAUUGUGCGCAAGAUCUUCGAUCCGGCAGCUUAUGAGAACGACCAUGAGCUCGUGUCGAUUCCAGAUGGACAGUCACUGAAGGUACCCACGGGUACAACUAUUCGCGAUUUCCUUGGAUGGGUGGACAAACUGCCCGAGCGUGAGCCACCUACCUAUCUGGGGCUCCCCUCCAACGCCGAGAAGCUGUUGUUGAUGGGACAAGGACGCGAAACCAUAAGCAAUCUGGCACGGAUUACGGACUUGCUCGAGGAAGGGGAACAUGUGGAUCCAGCUGACGAGACGAGAGACAGCUAA